AUGUCAAAAGCAAUCUUUCUCUCCCAGAUUGAGGGCAAACCGGGGCAGGUUUACUAUCCCCUCUCCGUUCAGAACCUACCCCAGCCGACACCGGAAGGUCGCGAAUUGCUGGUGAAAAUGACCGCGGCGUCGCUGAACCAUCGUGAUGUCUUCCUGCGUCAACACCUUUAUCCCGGUAUCACAUUCAACGUUCCUAUGGGGGCAGAUGGUGUGGGUGUGGUCGUCGGUGCUGGUCCCGCAGUGUCGAACCCUGAGCGUUGGCAGGGCAAGCGGGUGAUAUUGAACCCGGGAACGGGCUGGAAGGAUUCGCCUGAUGGACCGGAAGAUCCCAAGGGCUCUACAAACAAGGGAACGAUGCAAGAGUACCUCACCAUCGACGAGUCUGAGGUAGAAGAAGCCCCCGAGCAUUUAUCCGAUGCGGAGGCCGCUGCUCUUCCCUUGACGGGAUUGACAGCAUGGAGAGCCUUGGUGGUCAAGGCUGGCGAAAGAAAUUCGGGCAAGGGUGCUGCGGUUUUGCUUACUGGUAUUGGAGGGGGUGUUGCGUUGAUGGCACUUCGGUUCGCCGUGGCCAAGGGCGCGGAUGUCUACGUGACAAGCUCCAGCCAGGAGAAGAUUCAAAAGGCAAUUGAAUUGGGUGCCAAGGGCGGAGUCAACUACAAGGAAGAAGCCUGGGAGAAGAAGCUUCUUACGAUGCUCCCCCCGGGAAAGAAGGCCUUCGAUGCUAUUAUUGACGGCGCCGGUGGCGAUUCAGUCGAGAAAGCGGUCAAAUUGCUCAAGGCUGGUGGUGUGCUCUCCGUUUAUGGAAUGACUGUCUCUCCCAAGAUGCCUUUCUUGAUGCAAGCUGUCUUGAAGAACAUUGACGUCCGUGGCUCGACUAUGGGUUCCCGCAAGGAAUUCGAGGAGAUGGUUGAAUUUGUCAAAGCAAACAAGAUCCACCCGGUGAUCUCUCGCGUCCUGCAGACUGAGCUGGGCGAUAUUGCCGGGCUGGACGGGCUGUUCCAGGACAUGAAGGAGGGCAAGCAGUUCGGGAAGUUGGUCGUCGAAUUUGGGAAGGCUUCGGAAAGUAAACUGUAA